AUGAACGCUAUGAAGACAGCCGCGUGUCAGCAGGUUGCACUUGAUGCUGUCAAAGGACUCGAGAAUGCGUUCCUCUUGGAGCAUGUGUCUUAUAAAGCACCAGCUCUCCAAAGGAAGCAUCGACAAGAGCGAUUGGCACGGAAGGAUGCAGUACCCCAUCUUUGCUCGAUCCUGCGCGCAGCACUGUCCUCGCACAGGGAAGCACUCCUCGAGAGCAAAUCCCCUCGAUCCUUAUAUCUUGCCUCAUCCACUCUUGACAAACUGAGCACUCUGCAGUUCGCGCUUUUCUCUUCCGGUCCAAGGGAUAAUGAGCGUGACUUGCUACGCGGUAGAUCUGAUCUCGGAGUCGUGGCCGAGGACGCGCUUCUGUCUGUUAUCGAGUUUGCAUGGAUGUGUUGCCCAAUCGAUGAGCGCGUGGAAGAAGCAGAGGACGGAGGGCUGGAGGAUGUUCACAUGAGCGAAGAGAGCCAGCCGACGUGGUGGGAUAUAGCACUGAGUUGA